ACCUUGCGCCGGAGGUGAUCCAGAGCAAGGGCCACGGGAAGGCGGUGGACUGGUGGACGAUGGGCAUUCUGCUGUACGAAUUCAUCGCCGGGUAUCCCCCAUUUUACGAUGACACGCCGUUCCGAACGUACGAGAAGAUUCUUUCUGGACGCUUCAAGUUCCCGAACUGGUUCGACGCGCGUGCGCGGGAUCUUGUGAAGGGUUUGCUGCAAACGGACCACACGAAGCGGCUGGGGACGCUAAAGGGUGGCGCAGCGGAUGUGAAGAACCACCCGUACUUUCACAGUGCAAACUGGGAUAAGCUGUACGCGCGACACUACCCUCCCCCUAUCCCUGUGAAGGCGAAGAACCCCGGCGACACGAGCAACUUUGACCGCUACCCCGAAAGUCGCGAGGAUCGUGCGGCGCCCCUGACCGCCGCGCAGCAGGCCGAGUUCCGUGGGUUUUAG